AUGCUCGGGACGAUUAAAGACUGGUUGAAAAAUGGGGAUGCAACCCCCGAAGAAAUCAUAAGCGACAUUGAGAAGAACUCGGUACCAGGCCCCGGUGCCUGCGGGGGAAUGUACACCGCAAACAGCCUUGCAACCAUCAUCGAAACCUUGGGUCUCGCUGUGCCGGGAUCAUCCAGCGCACCGGCGACAUCACCUGCAAAACUGCGGGAGUGCAACAGGAUGGGAUCAGUCAUUCGGAUAUGCCUCGAGAAAGAUAUCAGGCCGCGCUCGCUCCUCACCAGGGCAUCGUUUGAAAACGCUCUGGUGAUGACAAUGGCAGUAGGCGGGUCAACAAAUUCCGGUUUGCACGUGCUCGCAAUGGCAAAAACGGCCGACGUUGACUUGACCCUUGAUGACUUUCAAAGAGUAUCGGACAAAACUCCUUUUAUUGCCAAUAUGGCGCCCAGUGUACUGAAGUUGCUGGUUGCAGCCAAGCUGUUGGACGGAUCCACCAUGACAAUUACGGGCAAAACACUUGCAGAGAAUGUCGAGUCUUGGCCAUCUCUGCCCCAGGACCAAGAGGUUAUCCGCUCUCUUGAUAACCCGAUCAAACGUAGUGGGCAUAUCGAGAUCCUACGUGGCAAUAUUGCCCCUGGUGGUGCCGUUGCCAAAAUCACAGGUAAAGAGGGGUCUCAAUUUAUUGGCGGGGCAAUGGUCUUUGAUAAAGAACACUUUUUGUGCACCGCAUUGGACCAGGGCAAAGUUCCCCACGAUAAGAAUGUGGUGCUUGUGGUGAGAUAUGAGGGUCCAAAGGGCGGGCCUGGAAUGCCCGAGCAACUGAGAGCCUCUGGUACUCUCAAAGGCGGAGGCUACACUAAUGUGGCUUUAAUCACGGAUGGGCGAUACUCGGGCGCCAGCCAUGGAUUCAUCGUUGGCCACAUCGUCCCUGAAGCAGCUUUGGGUGGUCCAAUCGCAAUCAUCCAGGAUGGUGAUGUGAUAUCGAUUGAUGCAGAGACCAACCGUAUUGAGAUGCCAGAUGUCUCAGCUGAAGAGAUCAAGACCAGACUACGAGCUUGGAGGCCUCCAAAUAUGCCGAUUAGGAGAGGAACAUUGGCAAAAUAUGCACAUCUGGUUUCAAAUGCUUCAGAAGGUGCGGUUACAGAUCUAUUCUAG